CGAAUGUUCUUAGAAGACAUCUUAAAACAGCUCAGCGGAAUGCAAUGGCCAACCUGGUUACAACCCUAUAUUGAAGUAUUAUUGUUAUGGAUCUCAUGGGCCAUUGACUAUGUUGAUUGGGACUACCUAGAAUAUUUGGUAUGGUUGUUCUUACCUAUAUUUGUCGCAUUUCUGCUGCCAGUCUUUCUAGUGUUGUUCAUCUACGGUUGUGUUAUAUUCUUGCAUAUUUACGGUCUUCGGCAUCGAAUUCGAGAAGCAUACGCGAGCAGUUUAUGGGAUGGUGCUCGAAUAAGUAUAGCGUCAUUUUGGGACGCGGUAGGCUAUGUUUGGCAUGGUUAUGAGAUAAGAGGUCUUGAAAAUGUGCCCGACAGUGGUCCAGCGCUGUUUUUGUACUAUCAUGGCACAUUACCACUGGAUGUUUAUUAUGUGAUCGCCAAAUGUAUGCUUCACAAGAAGCGAACAUUGCAUUGUGUCGGCGAUAAAUUCAUUUUCAAAAUACCUGGAUGGGGCUUGAUCUGUAAGGUGUUUUGUAUAACGCCGGGCACGGUUGAAGAUUGCAUAGCGCGGUUAAAGGAUGGUCAUUUAUUGUGCAUAUCGCCUGGAGGUGUUCGUGAAGCAUUAUUCUCAGAUCCAUCACGUUACAAUAUUAUGUGGGGAAAACGAUUGGGUUUUGCAAGGGUUGUGAUCGGUUCACAAACGCCUGUUAUACCGAUGUUCACAGAGAAUUGUCGAGACGCAUUCAGAACACCGCAAUGGGGUAGAAAAGUGUUUCGGUGGAUCUAUGAGAAAUCCAAAUUGCCGUUGUGUCCUGUAUAUGGCGGUUUUCCGGUCAAAAUGAUGUUCGUUUAUUUAACACAUCUUGGCAAGCCGAUAAACUUUAUGUCGGGUAGCGUACCAGAGGACGUAAAAAGAAAAGUGAAAUACGAAGUAUCUGAUCUGAUAAGACAACACCAAUGUUUACCGGGCAGUAUUCUUAGAGGAAUUUUACAAAGGUUCACAUUUCUAAAUCGAAAUAAAAGGAAUGGUUAUCGUCAUUCUCAUAAUAAUACCAGUGAUAACAAUGUCAGUACAACAACAGUGACCUAUGAAGGAAAUAAUAUUCCCAUGGAAACUAUCAUCAGCACGUGA